CUGUUCCCUCCUGACAGAAACAGCUCCCCGACCUUUGAGUCGCGCGGGGCGGGAGAGCGAAACCAAAGUGCCCCCCCACAGACGGCCAUGGCCACGGUGUUCACGCAGGACUCGGUCCUGCAUUUCCUGCAGAGCAGCGGGGGCGCGGUGAAGAACGCGGACCUCAUCUCGCACUUCAGGAACUUCGUCCGGGACCACGGGGACCAGCGGCGGAACAGGGAGCUCUUCAAACAGUUCGUCAACUCCGUGGCCAUCGUCAAACAGAUCGACGGGGUGUCUCAUGUCGUCCUCAAGAAGAAGUUCAGGGGGCACGUGCCCGGGACGGGUCGCGCGGAGUCCCCCGCGGGUCGCCGCGAGGAGCCCCCGGCGGGUCGUCGCGCGGAGCUACCGGCGAGUCGUCGCGAGGAGCCCCCCGCGGGUCGUCGCCCGGAACCCCCAGCCGGUCGCGGGGUGCCCCCAGCCGGUCGCAACGCGGAGCCCCCGGCGGGUCGUCGCGCGGAGCCUCCCGUGGGAAGUCGCGCGGAGCCCCCCGCCUCGGACAGGAACCGAAACCCGGCCGGGAGCGCUGACACGACGCGGCCCCAGCGGAGGGAGGACGCCGAGCCCGCCCCUCCGCGGGAAACCCGGCGUAAACCGUUUAGCGAGCAUGAAGGUGUGAGUGGCAUCCAGGAGGGGGCUCACCAGCCCCCGGUCACACAGGCUGAGGCCAUGCCCCCUCCCCUGGGCAGCAACCCCAAAGCCUCCUGGCAUCUGUCAGCUGGGAAUCUGUCCCAGGAGCCUGGCCCCCCCGCGCUGCACCGCUCCACCGACCACAUCUACGCCGAGGAGCAGUUCAGCGCCCGCGGGGCGCCGCUGCACUACUCCACAGGCGAUCUCUAUGACGACUACGAGGACGCUGAGUCCAGCGAUGGCUCCGCCUCCUCGCCGCAGCUGCGCCAGCGUCCGGCGGCGGCCGGGCGGCUCAGCGGCCGGCUGAGGAGCCGCAUGUGCCGCAGCAUGGGGGCAGACCUGGACCAGCUCCUCCAGGAGGAGUCCAGGAGGGGGGGGGGCGAGGCGGCCCGGCUGGAGCGCCUCCACCAGCUCUCCUCCUCCCUCAGCCUGCACCACCACCUGUCCUCCUCCUCCCUGUCCUCCUGCGCCACGCCCCCCCGCUGCCCCAGCCCCGCCCCCGUCGUCGACGGGCAGGAGAUGGGAGAAAAGAGGAGGAGCCACAGCACCACAAUGCACCACGGGGGGCAGCAGCUCGUUCUCUCAGGUGACCGGGUCAGCAACCGAAACACAUCUGAUGGUGGUCUGUGCCCCCAGUCGCAGGUUCCGCUGGACCCCCGGGAGCACGACUGGAUGGUGAAGGGGGCGGCGGGGGCGUGGCCGGACAUCUACUCGCUGUUCCGGGAGGACGCCUCGCUGCUCAACAGGAGAGACUUCAUCUGCGGCUUCACCGUGCUGCACUGGAUCGCCAAGCACGGCGACCACCGGGUGCUCAACACGCUG